AUGUCGUAUCUGUUCCUACUGCUGCUGGUUAUGUGUCUUCUUCAGUGCAGUAAAGGAAAACACUUGCUUCGCUUUUUGACUUUCUGUCAGAGGGACGUGAAGGAUGAUGGCCAGUACGAUAUUGAAUUCGAUGGCGAUCAGCUCCUCUACGUCGACCCUGUGACCUAUCGGGCGGUGCAGCGUCUGCCAGAGUUUGCAAAGCACUUGAUGAUUGAUUUUGAAAUGGCCAGAGACACGUACGUGUCCCUGGGCAACUGCAAGUACAACAUCCCACGAGCCAUAAAGGGAGAAAAUUAUCCUCCAGAGGCCCUUGCCAUUCCCACCUCCAUGAUCUACCCCAAACACGAGAUGGAGCUCCAGGUCCCCAACACACUCAUCUGCCACGUGAACAACUUCCAUCCACCUACAGUUGCCAUAACCUGGACCAGGAACGGGCAGCCGGUGGACGAGAGCGAGGUCAGUCAGACUCAGUACUACUCCAACAGCGACUUCAGCUUCCAAAUCUCGUCCUACCUGUACUUCACUCCGCAGGAGAGCGACAUCUACUCCUGCAGCGUGGACCACAUCAGCCUGCAGGAGCCUCUCACAACAUUCUGGGAGGUUGCAGUCCAGACAGACCAGCAGGUUGUCGAGACGGCAGUGUGUAUUGCUGGUGUGAUCCUGGGGCUGAUUGGAGUUGUCACAGGACUCUGGUUCAUCGUGAAAGCCAACAAGUCCUGCCAGGCGUAG